AUUUAAGAUAAACAGCUUUUGAAACUCAGAUUUCGUCAAACCACUCACUUACUCGUUAGAAAAUGAAGUUUCUUGGGCAAGUUUUGAUACUGAUAAUCUUUGUUGCUACUCUUUCAGAGAGCAAAAUUUACACAAGCUGUGAGUUUGCACAAACACUGAUCGACUAUGGACUUGUCAGCUCAUCCGACCCGGAAUUGCGGUUCAAAUUGGGUAACUGGGUGUGUCUGGCUUAUCAUGAGUCGCUUCUAAACACGGCGGCCACCAAUAACAACACAAACGGAAGUCGCGACUACGGAAUCUUUCAGAUAAACAACUACUACUGGUGCGACAGUGGCUUUGGAUACAACGAAUGCAGUAUGCCAUGCUCCGAUCUGCUCACUGAUGACAUAAGAGAUGCCACCAACUGUGCCAAGUUGAUCUACAGAGUGCAGGGGUUCUUCGCUUGGUACGGGUGGAUCUACAACUGCAGAGCCCAAACUGAGACCGCUAUUGAAAACUGGGUAAAAAGCUGCCAUUUCUGAGGAGGAAAUGUCAUUUGAAUCAUAACAGUAACUGGAACAUUACUCUAUUCAAGAAAAAGGAAGCGGUUAAAUUAGAAAAAAAAAAAGAAGAACGAGAGUUUGCUUUUAUGAUUUUAAAAUUUGAUUAUGGUUCAAUGUUAACGGUAAAUGA